AUGAGACAUUGCCAGGAGGACAACUCCAUCAGGACACCUCCAAGGGUACCUUCAAGGGGACGACUCCAGAAGGACACCUCCACGAGGACACCCACCUCCGAUGACUACUAUAGACUCUUGGGGGACACUGUUCCUAUACCGACUAGGAACCCUGAGGGACACCCACCACCUACGCCGCCGCCGACAGAUCCCCGGGACACCGCUGGAUCCACAGCGGACCAGGUAGUUAACUUAAAAGAACAGUUAGAUAAAGAGAAAAAUCAGGCUAACUACUUGCAAUUAGCCCUGAAAGAGCAACUCCUGGCAGAGAAAAGCGCCUCUCCACGGUCCGAGAAAAUAAUUCAAUACCCCCACAGUGACCUGGAAGAGGCGAGACUAAGUUGGAGAGUAUCGCUGUCAGGGGGAGAUCAAAUUUUACUAAGUGAGAAGGAAGCUGAGGGAUACUGGGGGACAGGGUUAUUUUUAACCACAGGUGAUCACCGCGCACCCUGGUCUUUAAUUCAAAGAGCAGCUUACAGGACUGGAGGACUUAACCCCGCCAUCACAGGGACAGUCGGCCAGUUGGUAGAAAAUGUACAGAAAGCGGCAUGUCUGCAAAUGAUGUACGACCGUGAACUUAAACAGGAGUCCUCGAUGAUGAUAUCGGUCGAUCCCGAACGUAUGACUUCCCUCUUCUGGGGCCUUCCCGACUCGCUGAAAGCCGUGAGGAUACAAUUGCAGGGAAAGACACAAGCAACAUCCCAAAGUGAAAGGGCCGUUGCUGCCCUGGAAGGACUGCUAUCGCCUGAUCGAAAGGCAGAGAACAAAGUAUUGACGUGGGGGGAAGUUGCCCAGGAGUUGAUUAAUUAUGGGAGAAAGUACGGUCCCAUCAAUAUUUCUAGUAAAAUUGAUAUUAAAGGACUAAGGCAGAG